AAAAACGCCGAACCCAAGUUUCAUUUCCACUGAGUCACUGACAGUCCCUCCUGUAAAAUACCAGCCCAUAGCUCAUCGGCGGCUGGCCGAUUCCGAUCUAUUCGAAUUCUCGUUAGAUAUAUUGCGAAUUCAAUUGGAAUUCUCUUUUUGUUGACAAUCUUGGCGCAUAAGAAGGAAUUCUAAAGAGAAAAAACGUCCCCAGUUCUUCCAUACUUGUAAAAAUUUUUACGGUAAUUCGUGCCAAAUAUAUACAAAUGGCAUCUUCCUUUCUGUCCAGAGCUCUCUUUGCCCAUCGCUUCCUUCAAUCUUCUUCUACUCAGUUUCACAAACCCAAAUUCUUCACUUCCAUCUUCUCCAAGAGAUCAUUACACUUGAUGUUGGCUCCAUCCCAAUUGUCACAUAAGGCUUCAGGGUCUGUUUGUUGUAGCAUGUCUACAUCAGCACUCGCAUCACAAGCUUCAUUUUCCAUGCAGUCCCUGCCUACCAGCGAGCCUGUUGUAUCAGUGGAUUGGCUCCAUGCCAACCUUCGAGAACCUAAUCUGAAGGUAUUGGAUGCAUCCUGGUACCUGCCAGAUGAACAAAGAAACCCAGUUCAAGAAUAUCAGGUGGCACAUAUUCCUGGUGCUCUUUUCUUUGACGUUGAUGGAAUAUCAGAUCGAAUUAGCAAUUUGCCACAUAUGUUGCCAUCGGAAGAAGCAUUCGCUGCUGCAGUUUCUGCCCUUAGCAUUGAGAAUAAGGAUGGGCUCGUUGUGUAUGAUGGAAAGGGAAUUUUCAGCGCAGCUCGUGUUUGGUGGAUGUUCCGAGUUUUUGGUCAUGACAGAAUUUGGGUUUUAGAUGGCGGUCUGUCAAGAUGGCGUGCUUCAGGAUUUGAUGUUGAAUCAAGUGCAUCGAGCGAUGCUAUCUUCAAAGCUAGUGCUGCCAGUGAGGCAAUAGAGAAAGUAUACCAAGGACAACGUGUUGGGCCAGUUACCUUUGAAACCAGAUUUCAGGCACAUUUACUCUGGACACUUGAACAGGUCAAGGAAAAUGUGAAGGAGAAAACAUAUCAGCACGUUGAUGCUCGUUCAAAAGCUAGAUUUGAUGGGGUUGCACCAGAGCCCCGAAAGGGUAUAAGAAGUGGCCAUGUACCAGGGAGCAAAUGUAUUCCAUUCUCCCAGAUGUUGGAUGGUUCACAGACACUCUUACCUGCAGACGAGCUCAAGAAAAGACUUGAGCAAGAAGGAAUUACGUUGGAUAGACCUGUGAUAACUUCUUGCGGCACUGGUGUAACUGCGUGUAUUCUGGCAUUGGGUCUCCAUCGACUAGGGAAGACAGAUAUUCCAGUAUAUGAUGGCUCGUGGACGGAAUGGGGAGCAAAAGACGAUACCCCUGUUGAAUCGUCUGAAGAAUAGGCUUCAGAUGAUGCUUUUGAUGGUGGAGGUUUGACUUGUUCAUAUGAAAAUGAUUAAAAUACGGAUUCUGGAACAUGUUAUUUUAGUCCUUUGAUAUUGGUGGUGUAUAUUGUUUCUUUAUUUAAAUGUGAAAUUUGCAGAGAACAUGUCAAAAAUAUAAUCUGAUUCAAAUCACCAUUUGGCUAGAAUCAAUCAUUAUUUACAUGGUGGAAAAAGAGGAAAAAUGGGCUCUUU